UUUCUUUCUCUCUCUCUCUCUCGCUCUCCCUCCCUCUGUCGUACUUGUAUGGAGUUGGAAAAAUGGUCAAGCUCUCAGGGUGAAGGAGUCUUUCUUUUCUGGAGAGAGGAUAAAAACAAAAGCAAACAAACAAAAAUUGUGUUUCACUUUUCCUGAUCUUAUUAUCGACUCUCUCUUUCUCUCUCUCUAUACAUAUAUAUAUGCACACACACACAUCCUAUGCAUGUGUGUUAAAAAAGGUAAACUCAUUUUGGAACAUUAAGCUAUUGCAGACAACUUUGUUGUGGGUGCGAGGUGCUGAUAUUUUUUUGUUUGUUUUAUUUUAAAUUUUACAUGGUGUUUCACAUGUGUGAAUCCGUGCCUUUGUCUUUUUCUGUCUGGUUGGCUUGUUCAUCGAUAUCAGUGUGUAAUGCUUUCAAAGUGAUGUGAUGGAUGGAGGAGAGUCAGUGGUGGAAAAUCGUGGGACUCUUAACACAGAGCAGCUCCUGUCUCAAACUGAAUGUCCUUCAUCACAAGAUGAAAAAGCUACACCACUAGAAAGUAAAGAUUCUUUGGAAAAUAAAGAUAAUGACAGUAAUCUGACAACAAACAUUCAGUCUGAUGAUGGUGAACAUCCAGGGAAAACUUGUGCAAUUGAAACUGUAAAUGAUAUUUCAUCAGUCCCAACACAGUCAUUUCAGAAUCAAGUGGAUGGAGAACAAGUAUGUGAACAACAGCAACAACUGCAAUUACCAUCAACACUAUCACCUCAGGAGCAGCAGCAUCAACAUCAGCAUGAAGAAAAGACUAAACAAAAUCCUGAGUCUCAGCAAGAAAAUCAACAACGACAACACUUAAAUGAUGAUCCAUAUGAAUUCAGUAAUGAAAACUUUGAUAAUGCCCCUGUCUCUAAAUUGCCUCCACGAUAUACUGGAGGAAUUCAGACCCGCUCACGAACUAUAAAAGUUCGAGAGAAUGCUAAAUCUGUGGAAUCUGGUGCAGAAAAACCAUUGUUUGUACAGCAUGGUUCUGAUAACUCCAAGAAAAUUCAAAUGGAUGAUGCAUCAAAUGCAGCAACUCCUUCCAAAUUGGAUUCUGGAUGCAAUGACAGUGAUCAGCACCAAAACUGUACCAUUAAUGGUUUUUCACAACAAGAAACAUCAUCAGUGACUCCUGGAGAUUCCAAUCAGGUACAUAAAACAUUAAGAACAGCACAGGAUAAUCUCCCAGAGGAUGCAGUUUCAAAUGUUCCAAAGUCUCAGUUAUUUAACAGUGAUGUUUUUCAAAAUCAAACUCAGGAAGCUGAAUCUAUGCAGUCCCCAAGAACAACAUUAUCAAUCAAGGAUAAUUGUGACAACAGUAUUGUUUCUUCAUCCUGCUGUUCAACUGAAAAGAACUCUGAAAUGGAAAGCAGCCAUAUUAAUAAUGAACUCCAGUCCAUUCAACCAGAGAUGAACCAUCAAAAGACAUUACAAUCUCAGGGAUAUGCAUUUACUGAAUUAAAAUGUGUUAAUAGUAACCAGUUGCAAAAUAUAACCAAUAGUUUUGCUGACACUCAUCAGAAAAAUGUUGAUGAUGUUCAAGAAGGAAAUAAUUUACAUUUAAAUCAAAUAUCUUGUAAUCCCAGAACUGGAACUUUUGACAAUGGUUCUCGCAGUGAAAAAGGCUAUUCUCCAGAUUCAGAUGUGAUGGUUCCUCUAAGAGAGAAUUUAGAAGUUAACACCAGCUGUGAACAAAGCCUGAUCUCAAAGCAAUCUAACUCUGCAGCUGUAAGUAGUCAAAUGACUCCCCAUGUGGCACAGUCAUUGCCUCCUUCUGUAUCAUAUGAAAAUAUGUUGUGUAAUGAAAUUUCUGAAGAAUCUGUUAGAAAGAACCCUCUAAAUAUGCUAUGCCAAUUAUCUGAAUCUAGAAAAAGUCUCAACACUGAUGACAUGUUGAAAUCUAAGCGACUGAAAAUUUCUCAUUCAGAAAAUUCUUCUUCUUCUUCAUCCCACAUACCUCCAUCAUCAUGGCCAGCUGUGACUACUGUUAUGUUACAGAGUCCUAGCUCAUCAGUCCUUUCUCCAAUCGCGCCAGUUGAUAUGUCUAUCGACCGGACACAAUUGUGCUCUAGUAAUUCAAAUGUUGGUAAAACUUUAAUAGAAACUAGUAAAACAAAUAAUGUAGACUCUGUUAUUGUAAGCAAUGUCUCAACUAGUUGUAAUGAUCUGAGUAAGACUCUAUCCAUGAAUGAUCAAAUUAUGAAACCUACUUCCAAUUUACCAUAUUGUUAUGAUAAAUCAGGAAACACUUCUCAAAUGUAUAGAAAAGAAGAAACUGAUUCAAAUGUCAUAUUAUCUGACAGUCAGUGUAUUGCAAGAAGUUACAGUCAUGAGUCAUCUUCUCAUUCAGGAUCUUCAAAAGAUGACUUAGCUCAAAAUAUUUUAUCACCUGCUCAAAAUGUUGUUAUUAAUUCAGUUAAUUCAGAUAUUCAUAAUUCAUCAACUUGGGUGCCUGAUAGCUCACAGUAUAAUGAAAGAGCAAAACUUAACCAGCCAAGGGUGUCAGCUAGGUCUGGUACUGCAUCAAAACCAAGAACUGUAAAAUCUCCAUCAUACAGAAGUCAGAUAAAAGUAACAAAAUCCAGAAGUUCUUUGAAAAAUCUACCCCCUGAUAACAGAAUGCUUUCAGCUGAACACAGAAUGCAAUCCGCAUUAAAUGAUUCUAUGUUCAACAGUCAGCUUCAGUUAUCAGCGUUUGAUCCUCUACCAAAUGCUAUGAACCUUACAACAAUGCCUGCCAAUAUUGCUUCUACAAAUCCUCUUCAACAACAACCUGAAUAUAUGCAGUAUAAUAAAGUACAAUUUCCUCCAAAAGCUCACAGCAACCUUUCUAAUGUACAAUAUGGUUCCCAUGCCUCUUCAAGAUAUGGUAAUAUACAAAUGGGAGAUCACAAUGUAGCAGUCUCGUUUCCAGAGCAUGCUUCAAAAUUAAAAACUGAUAAUAUUAAACAGCAUCGAUAUUUACCACAUCAUUUGCUUGGAAUGCCAUUGAUUAGUGCUAAAUCUAUGAGUGAUCAUGUUUGUUCUGCAUCUAAUAUAGUUACUCCACAGUAUACUUCAAGCAUUUAUACCUGUGCUGCCAACAAAACUUCUUAUAGUUCAAGUACAUUAUCCAAUCAAUCCAAUCACCGAACUUACAGUACUUUUCCACCUCCUCCACCCCCAUACCCAAAGCCUCCUUCAUAUGAAGAAGUUGUUAAAAAUAUGGUGCCUGCUUCAAUCAAAAAAGAGGAUUUCCUAUCUGACCAACAAUACUUUGGCAGCAGUAGGAAAUCUCUUUGGCAGCCAUUCACUGAGGGAAAUGCUAAUAUGAUUCAGGUAAAAACUGAACCAGUUUCUGAUAUUGACUCUUCUGUUGAUGUGGCAACAUCUUCAUCCUUAAAACCUGUUUCAUUAGUCCCUUUGCCUACAUUUCGGGAUACUUUUAGCUCAAAUUCAAAGAACUCUCUGAUGAGUAUGUCUUCAAAUCAAAUGACUGUACCAUCUUCUCAUUCUGUAAAUAAUUACCAAACAAUUCAUCCUUCUAGUUCAAGUGCACAUAUUUCCAGCCAAUCAUUGCCAAAAUCUCAGUGUAUGGAUAAAGUAAAGCUUGCUGCUGCUGCUGGCUCUAUUACCAAUAGUGAUUUAAAACCACUCAAUGCAUGUACACCAGAAAUAUCCCCUGACAAUAAUACACAAUUUAAACUGAAUAAUAUAAAAAUUGAAACAGACAAACAUGGAAAUCCAUUAUCUUCAGAUGUUAAAUAUAAAUUUUCAAUAAAUAAUUCAAAUUUUACUGACAGUAAUUUUCAAAGUGCUUUCCUUAAUUCUUGUCCCAAAAAUACCAAAAUUCCUAGUGAGAAAAUGGCAAAAAUUUCAGAUGCUUUUAAUUCCACUGUUAAACAUAUCUUUAAUAACAAAUAUUCUGCUGAUACUAAGAAAAAUUCAUGUUACGAGGGCAAAAUGGAAUCUAAUCCCCAAGUGAAAACAGAACCUCAGGAAGAUACUUUACCCCAAAAUUCUCAAAAUGACAAUAUGAAAGAAAAUGAUGAUGGUGCUAAUUUAUUUAAUCGACUCAAAGGAAAUAUAAAAGUAGACAUUCCAGACUGUAGUUGUUUAGGACCAGGAUAUGUUCCUAGUGAAGCUGUUGAAGGGCCCUUUUAUACUCACUUAGGAGCAGGGUCUUCAUUAGAAGAAGUGAAAAAGAUAAUGGAAAAUCGAACUGGGUUAUCUGGUGAGGCUGUUCGUGUAGAGAAAAUUAUUUAUACUGGAAAGGAGGGCAAAAGUAGUCAGGGCUGUCCAAUUGCAAAGUGGAUUGUCCGCAGAUCUGGGGUCGAAGAGAAAGUUCUCUGUCUUGUCAGACACCGACAGGGACAUUUUUGUGAAACUGCUUGCCUCAUAAUAUGCGUUGUAGCCUGGGAAGGUAUUCCAAACAGCAUAGCAAAUGAGAUGUAUUCCUACCUAGUGCCAACAUUGACAGAGUUUGGUUUAGAAACUGAUCGACGCUGUGGAUACAAUGAACAAAAAACCUGUGCUUGUCAAGGUAUGGAUAUAAAAAAAAGAGGUGCUUCUUUUUCUUUCGGGUGCUCUUGGAGUAUGUAUUUCAAUGGAUGUAAAUUUGCUCGAAGUAAGGAUGCUAAAAAGUUUAGACUGAAAGAUACAGUAUUGGAUGAAGUUGCAGAAAAUAAAUUCCAGAGUUUAGCAACAAGACUUGCUCCAUUAUAUAAAUCAGUGGCACCUGAAUCCUACAACAACCAGGUAUUUUUUGAAGACAGUGGUUAUGAAUGUCGCCUUGGUUACCGGGAUGAAAAUUCAAAACCUUCACGGCCAUUUUCUGGUGUGACUGCCUGUGUGGACUUUUGUGCCCAUUCACAUAAAGAUUUGCACAAUAUGAACAAUGGAUGCACUGUGGUUGUAACUUUGACAAAACAUGGACCUCUAGAAAAACCAGUUGAAGAGCAACUACAUGUUUUACCCCUUUAUAUUUUGGAUCUCAAAGAUAAAAAGUUUGAAGAAAAAUUGAAGAAAGGAUGCGUUGAGAUUCUCGCAAACUAUCCCAAGAUUGCACAUGUUCGCGCUACUCCAGUAACACCUAAACGUAAAGGGAAGAAUAAGAAGGAUAGUCCUUCUAACAAAAGAGUCAAUUCUCGCAUGAGUUCACCCAGAAAAGCAACUUUUUUGAAUUCAAAGAAUGCAAAUCUUAUGUCUCAAGCUGCUACUAAUGCUAAAUCUAACCUUUGUUCUAAUCUUCCUCAGAAUGCCAUGGCAAAUAUCUCUGGAUAUAAGAACAUCGUUGAUAAAAUUAACUUAUUACAGAACAGCACAGUAAAUAAUAUAUCAUCAUCAUCAUCAUCAUCUGCAGCAUCAGCAUUGUCAUCAACAGCACCACCUCAAGCAUCAUUGUCAUCACCAUCAUCCUUAUCAUCAUUAAAUACAUCAUUAUCUUCUUCAUCAUCAACACCACUAGCACCUUUACCAUCAUCACAAUCAUCAUCAUCAUCAUCGUUUAAAGUUGGCUCGGUAGAAGAGAGUAACAAAAAUUCAAAUGAUCAGUCAGUGAAUAAUGUUGCUCCUUUAAAGCCCCCAACAAAUGCACAGUCAAAUAAUGAAAACACGUACAAUCAGUUUUGUAAAUAUUUAUAUUCUCAUGGUACAUUCCCUCCAGCAAAUUUUCUGAAGGAUGGUGAUUCUGAAGCUAUAAAAAUGCUGACUGGCCAAUCAGCAGCUAUUGGCAAAGAUGGUCUGAUAGAUCCUUCAUUGCAUCAGCAGUUUAGAAACAUUGAUCUCCCUAAAACCUAUGAGGGUCUAAAGAAAAUGUCAACUGAUGUCUUAUUGCCAACAGGAUCAGUAUGUAAUGUCCCUUUUGUUAACUCUAAUGUUAAAGACAGUAAGCGUCCCUUCUCUGCAUCUAGUUUAACAUCAGAUGACUUUGAGUCUCCUCUACACUUGUUAUCUGAAGCAGUUAUGAUUCGGAGCCAGACUGCUGUAGAAAAAUCACGAACAGUUUCACCCCAGUCACAAGCUGGUGUGAAUAUAUCAACUCCAAGAAAGCCAGCUCCAAAUACAGAAUUACCAGCUGCUGUUAUGGGUGCUGCCAAUCAGAAUGCUGUAAAUUUUUCUAACCAUCUAUCUAGAAAUUCAUGUUCAAAUGCUAAUAUACCAUUAGAUUUAUCAAAAGACCAACAUUCCAGACUAUCAUCUCUUAGUUCUAAUUUUGAUAGGAAAGAUAUUUUUGAUAAAGUCAAUAGUAAUUUAUGCCAAACUAGUGUUUCAUCUUAUUCUCCUUCAAAUUCUAAAAACCUUACUUCAACACCGCCAUUAAGUACGCCAUUUUUACAAGCUGAUGGAUCAAUGGAAGACUCUCGUUUGAAUGGCAACAGUGCCGAACUAAUUAGCUCUGAGCUUGAGUUCAAUGAACAAAGCUUCAGAGAUCCAGAUAUUGGAGGUGUUGCUAUUGCAUUAACACAUGGUUCUGUGUUAUUUGAAGUUGCUAAGCGAGAGUUGCAUGCAACAACUGCUCUUCUGAAUCCUAACAGAUUUUCACCAACACGAAUUAGUCUAGUAUUUUAUCAACACAAAAGUAUGAAUUUACGUUACCAUGGCUGGUAUGAGAACGAACGUAAGCUUGAAUUACAGCGUCAGAAACGACUACAAAAGAUGAAAGAAGAGACAAAUAAAAACAUUCCCCUUCCAAGUGAGGAGUUGAAACCUGGAAGUAAGAAGAGGCGUAAAAAGGAAGAGACAACAGAGGUAAAGAGCCCUGCUCAGUACAAGUAUAUGUGGGAGACAGCGAUUAGACAUACUGUAACUCGAACAACAGACACCGUGAUCACUCAAUCUAUAGAUCCUCAACCUACUGUUACGGGUCCUUAUCAAAAAUGGAUCUGUCAAUGAUUUUUCUAAUUUUGUUGUUUUUAUUAACUAAUGAAAUGCAUUAUAGACAAAUAAUUUACAUCUCAUUAACCUUUAAGUAAUUUCUUCAUUCUUUUAUAUGAAGAAAUUAUUUUCUCAUUCUUUUUUACUGGAAUUCUAUCACUUCACUUCAAUUCGCCCAACACAAGUAAUAUUCUAUUCAUUGCUGUUUUCAUUUAACUUUCUGUUUUAUUAGUAUUAAUUUUUUUCACUUUUGUUGCUUGGAUUUAUGGUUAAUUUAAUUUUUAGACUUAAUUUGUCAGUGAAUGGAAUUGAUAUUAUUCAUUUAACUCGGAAGACUCUUUCAUCAGUUUUGAUCAUUAUUUUUAAAAUCUUCAUUUUUUUAUUUAUGAAAUAUUUAUAACAAAAGUUUUGAAAUUGAUUUUUACAAAAAUUAUUGAAAGAUGUGUAAAUUGUCUUUCAUUGAAAAUUGCAAUUUUUCUCAUUUCUGAGGAGAUCUUUGAUGCUUCAGUUUUCAUUGUAGUGAACCAUACACUUCAGCAGCUGAAGUGUCAUUAGUUAAUUAGUGAUUGCAUAGCAUGUCUUUCAUCCAUAGAUUUCAUUAGUAUUACUGGGUCCUAGUAUAUCAUUAAUUACUGUAAGCCACUAGUGUUUCAUUGGUCUGUACUGGUUCCCUGUAUGCUUUUAGACAUAGCACAACAUUACUUUGCCAUAAAUUACGAGUUUAUAUUGAAUUUUUAUUGCAUUACACUUUGGUACAUUAACAUACAAAAUUUAGCAUUUAAUAAGAAUUAUUUUAAAAAUAUUUUAAAUCUUGAGAGUUUUAUUAUUUUAAAAUUGAUGUUUCAUUUUAAUAAUUUCUAACAUCAGCCAAGAGUUAACUUUGCUUAAAGUUUUAAGGCUACACCUAUAUCAUGAAAAAAGUGAAAAAAAAUUUUUUUUAAUUGGAUAAAAAUAUCAUAUGAAUAUGCUUUUCUUUGAUUUGGUAGAACAAAGCAAAAACAUUUUUUACAAAAAUAUACAACUCAUAUUGACAAAUUUCAAAUUCUUUUUGCUGUUGUUUCCUCUUAUAUUUUUACACUUUGUGGAGACAUACAUAAAUUAAAUCAAACCAACAUCAAUGAACAAUACUAAACUCCUAUUUAAUAUUGUAAAGAAGUUAUAAUUUAGAUUUCUUUUAUUUUUAUUGUCAUAUGUAUUUAUAUGUGUGUUUGUGUGUGCUGUAGGAGAAGAGUGUAUAAUGCAACAUUAUAUUUUCAUUUAUAUUUGUAACUUCAGGAAAAAUGUAGUUAUCUGCUGCUUCCUGUUGACAUUUUUUUUCUUCAAAAUGUAAGGAAUAUAAAUAGCAACAACAACAAUAAUUUCUUUUGCUUACUAUAUGGGCCCAGGAUGCUGGAGACAGAACAAAAGCAGAAUACCAAAUAUAAUUUAAGCAGGGUAUUUACAUUGAGUAAAAGGGUGAAAGCAACAAAAUAAUAUUUUACAACUACUACUUAUAGUAAUAACAACUAGAUAACAGUAAUUCGCAAUAGCAUUGUGGAACAUCAAAAUAACAAAAAGGAAUUCCAAAAAUAGUUGGGGGUAACCACAUAGAGUUAUUAAGGACAUCCUUCAUAUAACCUGGAUUACUUUGACAUACAAAAGGCAAGUGCCUUCUCCUAGUUCUUGCUAUUGGCCGAUAUCCACAUAAUUAAUGUAGGCCCUUUUAUUCAAGUCAGUUUCACCACUCACCAAUUUUUAUAAAAUUUAUUGGAGGGUAGCAUCUCUCUCUCUCUACUCUCACCAUCUUCUUCAAAUGGUAUGUAGAAAAAACUGAUGAGGGCUUGGCCUGAGAGGAAAAGCUUUCCUUAGAGCUUUCAGCUGCAUCUACCACACAAUUUUCUUAGCCAUAACCACCAGGCAGAAGAAGACUACUCACUCUUCCUUAUCAAAGGAAGACAUGGAUUGAUUUCAUGAUAGACUGAGUUGAUAGCCGGAUCUGUCCUGAAUGCAAUAACAACUGUUUGACAUAAACCCAUGAAUAAGUAGUGUACGGGUGCUGAAUGGGUGUGUGCCAGGCAAUUUUAUCAUUGUGAAUGUGUCUUGGGCUCCAAUGUGAUCAUUCCUGUAUUAUCAUUAACAUGACCUUCAAACAUUAGGCCUCACUGAGGCAGUGACUAGUGACCAAGACCUUUAGAAAUAUGAGAAGAUCCGGCAAGCCAAGUGGGACAAUAACUCGUGGCCUAUGCCAGGGGUGUAACCAGCCCACUUAUGCAUACCUUUCCUUCAUUGGACACUAAAUUCUGCUUGCGAAGACCUGUUGAGGCAAGUGAAAUCAAAAUCGAAAUCAAAUUCGAUGACU